AUGGAAAAAUACAAUCUAACAGUGCUGAACAAAUUCAUUCUCAUGGGAAUCACAGACCGCCCUGAGCUGCAGGCUCCAUUAUUUGGGCUCUUCCUUGUCAUCUACAUGAUCUCAGUGAUUGGCAACUUGGGCAUGGUCAUCCUCACCAUGAUGGACUCCAGGCUACAAACCCCGAUGUACUUCUUCCUCAAAAAACUGGCUCUCACAGAUCUUGGUUAUUCAACAACUGUCGGGCCCAAAAUGUUAGUAAGUUUUGUUGUGGAUCAAAAUACAAUCUACUAUUAUUUUUGUGCCACACAGCUGGCUUUCUUCAACAUGUUCAUUCUUAGUGAACUUUUCAUUCUGUCAGCAAUGUCCUAUGAUCGCUAUGUGGCCAUUUGUAACCCUCUGCUGUACACAGUCAUCAUGUCCCAAAGGUUAUGUCAGGUGCUGGUGGUUAUCCCCUAUCUCUACAGCACAUUUGUUUCUCUUCUAAUCACCAUAAAGAUUUUUAGUUUGUCUUUCUGUGGCUACAAUGUCAUCCAUCAUUUCUACUGUGAUGGUCUCCCUUUGUUAUCUUUGCUCUGCUCAAAUACACAUGAAAUUGAAUUGAUUAUUCUGAUUUUAUCAGCUUUUAAUUUGAUUUUCUCCCUUCUGAUAGUUCUUGUGUCUUAUCUGCUUAUCCUUCUAGCCAUUCUCAGGAUGAACUCUGCUGAGGGUAGAUGUAAGGCUUUUUCUACCUGCGGAUCCCACCUGACAGUGGUCACAGUGUUCUAUGGGACUUUGAUAUUUAUGUAUGUGCAGCCCAAGUCUAGCCAUUCCCUUGACACUGAUAAAGUGGCCUCCAUAUUUUACAGCCUGGUUAUCCCCAUGUUGAAUCCCUUGAUCUAUAGUUUGAGGAAUAAAGAUGUAAAAUAUUCACUACAAAAGAUGUGGGAAAACCAUGCAGUAUAUUUUCUUAAGGUUCAUUGUCCAAUGUUAUUUCUAUAA